UGGUCCUCUGGUCCUCGUGACGUCACUCGGCGCUGGCGCAGGAAGUCUGCGAAUGCAACUGGGCAGUCACAUGACAAGCAGGCAUCGCCGUUGGGACUGUUGAGAGACCCAGCUUGAAAUCAUGCCGACGACACAGCAGUCUCCUCAAGAUGAGCAGGAGAAGCUUCUGGACGAAGCCGUGCAAGCCGUCAAGGUCCAGUCCUUCCAGAUGAAACGAUGCCUGGACAAGAACAAGCUGAUGGACGCAUUGAAACACGCCUCCAACAUGCUGGGGGAACUGCGCACCUCCAUGCUGUCGCCCAAAAGCUACUACGAGCUCUACAUGGCCAUCUCGGACGAGCUGCACUACCUGGAGGUCUACCUCACGGACGAGUUUGCCAAAGGACGCAAGGUGGCUGACCUGUACGAGCUGGUCCAGUAUGCGGGGAACAUCAUUCCCAGACUCUACCUGCUGAUCACGGUGGGCGUGGUCUACGUGCGCUCCUUCCCGCAGUCUCGCAAGGACAUCCUGAAGGACCUGGUGGAGAUGUGCCGCGGCGUGCAGCACCCCCUCAGGGGCCUCUUCCUCCGCAACUACCUGCUGCAGUGCACCCGCAACAUCCUGCCCGACGACGGCGAGCACACCGAAGGCUCAGAGGAGAUGACGGGCGACAUCAACGACUCCAUCGACUUUGUGCUGCUCAACUUUGCGGAGAUGAACAAGCUGUGGGUGCGCAUGCAGCACCAGGGCCACAGUCGCGACCGGGAGAAGCGCGAGAAGGAGCGCCAGGAGCUGCGCAUCCUGGUGGGCACCAACCUCGUCCGCCUCAGCCAGCUGGAGGGCGUCAACGUGGACAAGUACAAGCAGGUCGUUCUUCCCGGCGUACUGGAGCAGGUCGUGAACUGCCGAGACUCGCUGGCGCAGGAGUACCUGAUGGAAUGCAUCAUCCAGGUGUUCCCGGACGAGUUCCACCUGCAGACCCUCAACCCUUUCCUGCGCUCUUGCGCCGAGCUUCAUCAGCACGUCAACGUCAAGAACAUCAUCAUCGCCCUCAUUGACAGACUGGCGCUGUUUGCUCACCGAGAAGAUGGGCCCGGGAUUCCGGCGGAGAUCAAACUUUUUGACAUCUUCUCGCAGCAAGUGGCCACGGUCAUCCAGUCACGUCAGGACAUGCCGUCCGAGGACGUGGUGUCCCUGCAGGUGUCUCUCAUCAAUCUGGCCAUGAAGUGUUAUCCCGAGCGCGUGGACUACGUGGACAAGGUGCUGGAGAGCACCGUGGAGAUCUUCAACAAGCUCAACCUGGAACACAUAGCGACCAGUAGCGCCGUGUCCAAGGAGCUGACGCGCCUGCUGAAGAUCCCGGUGGACACGUACAACAACGCGCUGACGGUGCUGCAGCUCAAGCACUUCCCGCCGCUCUUUGAGUACUUUGAUUACGAGUCUCGCAAGAGCAUGAGCUGCUACGUGCUCAGCAACACGCUGGACUACAACACCACCAUCGUGGCGCAGGAACAGGUGGACGCCAUCUUGAACCUGGUGUCCACGCUGAUCCAGGACCAGCCGGACCAGCCCGCCGACGACCCGGACCCCGAGGAUUUUGCCGAGGAGCAGAGCCUCGUGGGUCGCUUCAUUCAUCUGCUGCACUCGGACGACCCCGAUCAGCAGUACCUGAUCCUGAACACGGCCCGCAAGCACUUCGGCGCGGGCGGAAACCAGAGGAUCCGAUACACGCUCCCUCCGCUGGUGUUUGCCGCCUACCAGCUGGCCUUCCGAUACAAGGACAACUCGUCGCUGGACGACAAGUGGGAGAAGAAGUGUCAGAAGAUCUUCUCGUUCGCCCACCAGACCAUCAGUGCCUUGAUCAAGGCCGAGUUGGCCGAGCUGCCGCUGCGACUCUUCCUGCAGGGGGCGCUGGCGGCCGGCGAGAUCGGCUUUGAGAACCACGAGACGGUCGCUUACGAGUUCAUGUCGCAGGCCUUCUCGCUGUAUGAGGACGAGAUCAGCGACUCCAAAGCGCAGCUGGCGGCCAUCACGUUGAUCAUCGGCACGUUCGAGCGCACCAAGUGCUUCAGCGAGGAGAACCACGAGCCGCUCAGGACGCAGUGCGCCUUGGCCGCCUCCAAGCUGCUCAAGAAACCCGACCAGUGUCGCGCCGUCAGCAUAUGCGCCCACCUCUUCUGGUCCGGACGCAGCACGGACAAGAACCGCGAAGAGAUCCGAGACGGCAAACGCGUGAUGGAGUGUCUGAAGAAAGCGCUGAAGAUCGCCAACCAGUGCAUGGACCCCUCGCUGCAAGUGCAGCUCUUCAUCGAGAUCCUCAACAGAUACGUCUGCUUCUACGAGAGGGAAAACGAUGCCGUGACGGUGCAGGUUCUGAACCAGCUGAUCCAGAAGAUCCGGGAGGACCUCCCCAACCUGGAGGCCAGCGAGGAGAGCGAGCAGAUCAACAAACACUUCCACAACACGCUGGAGCACCUGCGCCUGCAGAGGGAGGCGCCGGAGGCCGAGGGGGCCGUCUAUGAAGGACUGGUCCUCUGAAACCAUCGGCCGCACUCGGAUGCACCGCACGCGCGCAAAAGGAAUUCCAGCAUUGCCCCACCAAGAACUCCCGCCAUCCAUUUUAUUGCCGCGAAGAAGAAGAUCACGACCGGUUGGCGUUUCCUCUCGCGGAGCGUCUUCCGCGACCGCGUGGACAAGCGUCGGAAAGUCGAGUGAGCAUUUCCACCAAAUUGGCAUCCAUCGAGGACGCGGAAUCGAUGCUUCCACGGCUUUUCGGGCGAAGCUACUUAAACCUACGUCUUGCCCGCCGUGUCCGCGAAGCCCCGCCUCCCCCGAGCACAUGCCCCCGCCGUGUUUUGUGCGUAAGAUGAGUGGAUGAUUUGCAAAAAUUUCCCACUCGUGUUUUCUUUCUUUCUUUUGGCUCGGGAGGCGUCGGUGUGCAAAAUCCGCCCCCCACUUGUCAAUCACACCCGUGAGCGAUCCCAGUUCGAUCGGAGUUCUGGUCGUCAUUUGCGAAAAUAAAACCAUACAUUCUUAACAAUGUACUUGCUUUUUGUUAAUUUUGCAAAGGCACUAUAUCGAUAUAAUAAAGUAUUACCGUUAAUAUAAGAA